AUGAAGCUGCAAUGGAACUUAUACCGUUUCCGUUUCCGAGCAACCAACAGGUCUUUACAGUGGAUUUCUAUACCUUUCCUAAGAUUGCAGGAGGCAUACGAGAUGGAAAAUGACUCCGUUGCGCUCUGCCGUUGUCUUGUGUCUGUAGGCUCUGAGUCCUACACCGUGGAUUUGGCUUGGUCACUUGGGAAUCUAGGUACUUCACUCGCCGACCUUGGACGGCAUUCCGAAGCGCUUCCGGUGAUCAGAGAAAAUGUCGAAUUCUGGCGCAAGCUGGUCGCCGUCCAUAGAACAUACACGAUGGAAUUGGCUGGAGCGCCCCAGAACACCGGGGUACUGCUCGGUGGUCUUGCCAUCCAUCCGGCUUCAUGCACCCCGGAUUUAGCUCAAGCGCUCCAAAAUCUUAAAAUAUCGCUCGACAAGCUCGGAUGGCACUCCGAGGCACUUCCAGUGAUCGAUGAAAGUGUCACACUCUGGCACAAGCGCCUAGUUGCCGUCAAUCCGACUUCAUACAGCCCGGACUUAGCUCGGUCACUCGGGAAUCUAGACACAUCACUCACCAAUCUCGGACGCCAUUCUGAGGUGCUCCCGGUAAUGAAAGAAAGCGUGAAGCUCUGGCGCGAGCUUGUUGCCGUCCAUCCGUCAUCAUACACCCCAGAUUUGGCUCAAGCGCUCAAAUGGACACUUGACGAAUUCGGAUGGUAUAUACUCCGAGGCUCCCGAUGA